CCGAGAGGUCAGUUAAAGAACUGAAGAGCUGCACGUCUAGUGUAGGUACAUGCAGGUGUCUGGAUUUAAAAGGUUGUCGUCAUUCAUGAUUUGUAUAUUUUUUGUAAUAAAGUUAUUUUGUGAUAAACCCCUCUAGUCGUUUGUUUAGAACCCAAAUUCGUGUACGACGGACAUAAGUAUUGUUUUUUUAGAGAGCUACAUCGUCCUCGAAAUACUGUUUUGAUACACGCGCGCGUACACCAAAUCCUCCUUGUAAAUAAGUUGAUAAGUACUACCUAAGAGACGGAAAACACGUUUAUUUUUCGUACGACUUUAUAAGCUGUUGAGUGUUCAAGUGACAAUAUUUUUUUUAAAUGUCUGCCUGGGCAAAGAUUCAGACACCGCCAGAGCCAAUUAGUUUUGAUGAAAUUACGUCUGAGCAGCUAGCCCAGAGCCUACAAGAGAAAGAAAUUCAAAAGCAUGUAGAUUCCGUUGUUGAGAAAGUUCCUCCAGUCAAUCCAGAUAAUGAUGACGUUAAUCUGAUAGAGUUCGAUCAAACUGAAAGCGAUGCAGCUAUUGCACACAUGCUCCAGCACGAAAUGAAUGAAGAGUAUGACCUAAUGCUGAAACGGACCGAACAAAAGUUCAAUCGCAAUUCAAAGGUUAAUAUCUCAUACAUGAACUACCGUGUUGGGAUUGGAGAACCAGAGGAGCCAAAAAAGGUCAAUGACGAUGAAGAGGGUGACUUUGAUCGUUUUGUGAGUGUCGAAAAAGAAAUCGCAUCAAUACCUCGUUGUGGCUACAAGAAAGUUAGCGAUGGUGACUCUUCGCAAAUCGUCACAAAGCAUGACAUCCUCAUGAGUUCGCGUCUGAACGCCUGUCGUGUCCUCGAGUUUCCUCCUGGAAUUCAAACAGGUGACACAGGCGGCUUUGACAUGAAGAUCAACAAUAAUGUGUUCAAUACUUUGCGUCGACACAGCCACGCGCACUCUUCCAGAGAGAAAGCUAAGGCACAUCCUAAGCCGGACGCGAAAAUCCACGGCUCUCCCAAAGCAGCUAACUGAGCAAUGCUGUAUUUUUUGUACAACUUUUCAUGAAAUUUAUAGAGAUGUAUCUAUAUAUACAUUUGUUAAAAGAUAGACAAAUUGGGUUGUUCAGAUACAUUUUUUGAUGAAGUUGUAAUCAUGCACAGUAAACUUUUUACUGUAAAAAAAUAAAACUAAUAUUUAAAAAA